CUUUAAUAUUUCACUCUGAAUUUCAAGAAAAGUUCUCAAAUUUUAUUUCUGUCAAUAAUUAGUUGUUUUUGCAUGUGGUCUCUCCCAUUUGUUCCCAAAUAAGUGGACAUUUUUCAAGAAGCUAAAAUCCCAUAUUGGGUUUUCUUUGUUUCCUUUUUGUUAUUAAAAAAAAUCUAAUCUUUUUGGUCUCCAAACAAAAAAAAAGAAUGGAGAUUCAACCAAGUAAUGAGGAUGCAGAAAUGGCAAUUCCCAUCAACAGCACAUAUGGUGGUGGUGGCCAUCCCCACCACCACCACUACCACCACCACCAAAUGAUGCACAACCACAUAAAGAUCCCAUCUUGUAAUGAUGGACCCACAAUGGCCCACCAAGGGAUGGGGACCCACAAGAAGAUGGCCAACAUCAAGUACAGGUACAGGGAGUGCCUGAAGAACCAUGCUGCUGCCAUGGGAGGGAUAGCCAUUGAUGGGUGUGGUGAGUUCAUGCCCAAUGGUGAGGAAGGAAGCCUUGAAUCCCUCACUUGCUCUGCCUGCAAUUGCCACAGAAAUUUCCACAGGAAAGAAUUGGUAGGCCAUUUCCACUACCACCACACCUCGGGCCCACAUCUCAAUACGCAGGUCUGCCCGGUGGGCCACCACGACAACUCUCUGUCUCGUGGGCCACCCCAGCAGGCCAUCGUAUUUGAGCCACACGACAGCGGGCUAUCCCACCACUACACCUCGGGCCCACAUCUCAAUACGAAGGUCUGCCCGGUGGGCCACCACGACAACGCUCUGUUUGGUGGGCCACCCCAACAGGCCAUCGUAUUGGAGCCACACGACGGCGGGGCAGGGGUGAAGAAGAGGCACAGGACAAAGUUCAGCCAGGAGCAGAAGGACAAAAUGGUCAAGUUUGCAGAGAGGGUAGGGUGGAAGAUACACAAGGAGGAGGAGCCAGUGGUGCAGCAGUUCUGCCAAGAGGUUGGGGUGAAGAGGAGAGUUCUCAAAGUGUGGAUGCACAACAAUAAGAAUACCCUUUGCCCCAAGAAGGGCAUGCAACUGCCCUAAACUUAUGAGACCCUAUAAAAUUAAGGGCAUGUUGCAGCAAGUGAAGAUGAUCUGAUCUCAUGUUAGCUGUCCUACUUUGUUUAGUUAGUUUCACUUCCACUAUGUUUAAGGAAAUUGGAAAGAAAAGUAAAAGUGGAAAUAUUCC